AUGAUUUCUAGAAUGAAGCGUUCUAACAGAUCUGCUAAAAUAUUAGAUCUUGUUCAUAAUUCGAAUAGGGAUUAUGAAACGUUACAAUCAUUAUCAAUUCCUAGAUAUGAAACGACAAAAGGAACAGGUCAUUACGAGAGGCAAAUUUAUGUUGGAGCUAUACAUAGUGAAAAUUUGGAAAAUUCAAGCCCAUCCAAACUAUUACAAGAACAUUCAAUCACAUCUUCGUGGAAAAAACGAAAGCUUCCGGAAAGAAAAUCAGUCAAUGGAGCCAAAAGAAAGCUUGAUUUGGAAUAUCAAGACAUUCACUUUCAUAAAUCAUUUGUUGCCGAUGAUAAUAUUACAUCUAACAUAAAUUCUGAUAGUAAUACUGACAGCGGGGAUGAAUAUAUUCCUUCCGAAAAUUCUAGUGAAAAUGACGACGAUUGUCAGAAUAGUGGAGGAAACAAAAAUAAAAUUCAAGACAUUAAGGAGGCAUUUGAUAUUACAACAAAUUUGGAAGAAGAAAGCUUGCUACCUGAAAAAAUAUCUGGAAAUGGAACCAACUUACAAGAUACACAACUAUCUGAUAUUGCUACGAAUUUUCAAGAAAAAAGAUUGUUACCUGUAUAUAAAAAUGUUGGAGAUACAACAGAGAAUGAAAAUAUAGAACUAAUAAAAUCGGAUAUAGAAGAGGUGACGGUGUCAGUAAUAAAACGCAAUAUGGAUGGAAAAAGAUGCCGAGAUAAAAGGCAUUGUUGUUAUAUAUGUAACAAACUGUUAUCAAAUAACAUGGCACGCCAUUUUGAGUUGAAGCAUGGAAAUGACAUUCAAGUUGCAAAAAUAUUGGCACUACCAAAAGGAUCUAAAUCUAGACGUGAUGAGUUGGAGACAUUAAUCAGAGCUGGUGAUUUUUACUAUAACUGCAAUGUAUUGGCCAUCAAGGAUGGUGAACUUAUCUUAGUAAGACGACCUGAAGUUAAUAAACAAAUGCUUUAUAGAGACUUUGGUCCGUGUCCCUAUUGUUUAGGAUUUAUGUCGAAAAAAUAUUUAUGGCAUCAUUUGAGAGAGUGUAAAAUGAAAAAAGCAAAUAAUGAAGACAAUGAAGGCAGAAGGGGACAUCUUAAUGAAAGUGCUGCAAUGCUCUUUGAAAUUUUAGGACCAAAAACAGAUGAAAACUUUAGACAUAAUAUUAUAUCUUCAUUUCGAGUUGAUUUAAUAUCUGAAGCUUGUAAAGAAGACAUUCUUAUAGUAAAACUGGGAUCUUUCCUUUUUGAAAAAUAUGGAAACUCGCAAGCAGAAUUGAUUCGACAGUCAAUGCGGCAAUUGGGGAGGCUAAAAUUAGAAUUAAAACAAUAUACGGAAAAAAAAGUACUUAGUGAGUGGAUUGCACCACAAUAUUUUGAUGACAUUAUUAUGGCAACCAAGAAUAUAUGUGGACAUGAAAUCGGUCACUUAGAAAAUAACUUUAAAAUUCCAUCACUUGCAUUAAAAAUUGGACACUUGUUGCGAAAAUGCGUGGCAUUAGAAAGUGGAUCUGCACUUCGUAAGGGUUUAAUUCAAAGACACAAUGAGCUUAAAGCAUUUAGAAUGGUCAGUCAGAGUUUCGUCCAAAGCCUUAACAACAUUGCAAAAAAGAAAGAUGAACACCACUCAGCUUUUGCCUAUAACGAGUGAUUUGAUGAAAUUAAAUUUAUAUUUAAAAGAACAACUAAAAUAUUUAAAGGUUCCUAUAGAAAAAAACCUGCACACGACAAGUUUGGUCAAAUCUGGCAUCAGUUACUUUGUGUCGCAUCAUUCUCUUUAAUAAACGUCGUUCAGGGGAAGCAGCUAGAAUGACGUUAAGUAAUUACUCUAAUCGUCCUUCAUGGUCCGAACAGGGAACUGAUGAAUUUAAAAAUUCAUUGACACCUCUUGAAUUAGAACUUGCUAAUAGAUUAACGAUGGUACAAAUAAUAGGAAAAAAAGGAAGAAUUGUGCCAGUUAUUCUUACCGAAGACAUGAAGUCGUCGAUUGAUUUAUUAAUUAAAUAUCGAUCACAAGCAGAUGUUAGUUCGAAAAAUGAAUAUAUAUUUGCAAGAAGUCAAAACUCCGAAGGACAUCUAAGAGGUCAUGACUGCUUACGAAAAGAAUGUUUAAAUGCUUGUUUACAAUAUGCUGAAAAUAUAACUAGCACGAAAUUAAGGAAAUACAUAGCCACAGUGUGUCAAAUAUUUAAUUUGACAGAAAAUGAAACUGAUUGGCUUGCAAGACACCUAGGUCAUGAUAUCAGAGUUCACCGUGAUUUCUAUCGACUGCAUGAAAGUGCAGUGGAGCUUACAAAAGUAAGCAGACUUUUACUUGCUGUCGAUAAAGGUGAAGCUGAAAAAUACUCUGGAAAAAAAUUAACAGAUAUUAAUAUUGAAGGUGAGUAACUAUUAUGUAAUACC